AUGUCGGAGGGAAAGGACAAGUCUGUCAACCCCAUGCGGGAUCUCCGCAUCCAAAAACUCGUCCUCAACAUCUCGGUCGGCGAGUCCGGUGACAGACUCACUCGAGCUGCCAAAGUGCUGGAACAAUUGAGCGGCCAAACUCCAGUCUACAGCAAGGCCCGCUACACUGUCCGAACCUUCGGCAUCCGUCGUAACGAAAAGAUUGCUGUACAUGUUACCGUCCGCGGCCCCAAGGCUGAAGAGAUCCUCGAACGUGGCCUCAAAGUCAAAGAAUAUGAGCUGAGGAAACGCAACUUCUCUGAAACCGGUAACUUCGGUUUCGGUAUCAGCGAACACAUCGACCUCGGAAUCAAAUACGACCCAGGAAUUGGCAUUUAUGGCAUGGACUUCUACUGCUGCAUGACCCGCCCUGGCGAGCGUGUCGCCAAACGCCGGCGGUGCAAGUCUAAGAUCGGCGCCUCCCACCGCAUCAACCAGACUGAAACCAUCAAAUGGUUCAAAUCCCGCUUUGAAGGAAUUGUUCGAUAA